AUGUGUGACCGUUGCCAACGUACCGACAACAUCUCAUCCAAGGAUGAAAUGCCCCAAAAUCCCAUCCAAGUUCUUGAAGUCUUUGACGUCUGGGGUAUUGAUUUCAUGGGUCCUUUCCCCUCAUCGAGUGGGAAUAGGUACAUCCUCGUGGCCAUUGACUAUGUCUCAAUGUGGGUGGAAGCUCAAGCUUUGCCUACUAGUGAUGCCAGAGUGGUGGUGAGGUUUCUAAAGAAGUUAUUCACACGUUUCGGAGUUCCUAAAGCCAUCAUAAGUGACCGUGGUACGCAUUUUUGCAAUUCCAUCAUGGACAAGGCACUUGCACGCUACGGUGUCACUCACUGUCUUUCUACCGCAUACCACCCGCAAACUAGUGGCCAAGUAGAGAAUGCAAACCGAGGGGUGAAUAGAAUCCUAGAAAAAACGGUAGGAAAAAGUAGAAAGGAUUGGUCGGAAAAGCUCGAUGAUGCAUUGUGGGCAUUCCACACCGCUUACAAAACACCGUUAGGAACCACGCCCUUCAUGAUUGUGUAUGGCAAAGUGUGCCAUCUUUCUGUAGAAUUAGAACAUCGAGCACUAUGGGCUUUAAAAACCGUUUACCUUGACCUUACCGAAGCCGCAAGGAGGAGAUUCUUUCAAAUACAUGAAUUAGAGGCUCUAAGGGACGCCACCUAUGAACGAUCUUGGAGUAUCAAGGGAAAGACUAAGGCGUUUCAUGAUAGGAGGUUGCGAAGGUUGAAGGAAUUUAAGGUAGGUGAUAAAGUGCUAUUGUUCAAUUUAAGAUUGAAAUUGAUAGCGGGGAAGUUGAAAUCGAGAUGGACCGGACCGUAUUUGGUAAAGGAGGGGUUUCCAUACGGUACCGUCGAGUUGUAUGACGAAGUUGAUAAAGGUGUGUGGAAGGUAAAUGGUCAUCGGCUGAAACACUACUUGGGAGGUCCCAUUGAUACUACCGAGGAGGAAGACAUUCCUCUAGAGGACCCACCCACCUUCACCGAACAAUGA